GUUGGCGUUUAUUUUUUUUAUUAAUAUUAAUCCCAGUGAUAUUCGUUCGCUCCAAGAAUAACACCCCUAAACCGGAACGUCAAAAUAUAAUGACGUUAUUCUUUCUGUGUAAAGAGGUGGAUAGAAAUUCAUAUUUAUUUGUUGUUUAAUAUAAUUUAUAAUGGCUGCUGAAAUCAAGCCCGCACCCAGAACUCCUAACGACAGGUUUUCAACAACGAAGAAACCGGCCCUAUUGAGUAAAUUGGAAGGAUGUACAGACGAUGUCAACGCAGCGGUUGUUAUUCCUGGCGAGGAUGGAGUAAUUAGCGUUUGCGACGAUAAGACAGUCCGAGUAUGGCUAAAAAGAGACUCAGGCCAGUACUGGCCAAGUAUCUGCCAGUAUAUGCCCUCCGGCUGUACGUCCAUGUUCUACACACCUGAGACCCGUCAGCUCUUCAUUGGCCAGGAGAAUGGCACCGUCUCGGAGUUCACACUAGCUACAGAUUGUAAUAGAAUUAAUCCUACUCGCGAGUAUUUAGCGCACACGGCGCGAGUGACCGGAGUCCAGUUCUCGCUUGGCUGUGAGUGGGUGCUGUCGGUGAGCCGCGACAAGCUGUUCUCGUACCACUGCAGCGAGACUGGACGCAGGAUCGGCGGGUACUCAUUCGAGGCGUGGUGCACGGCCUUACAGUUCGACUCUCAAUCGAAAUACGCGUUCGUGGGCGAUUACAGCGGGCAGAUAACGAUGUUGAAGUUAGACAACAAUGGUGCCACACUCGUCACCACGCUUAAAGGACACACCGGGUCUGUGCGCGUGUUGAACUGGGCGCCGCAGCCGCAACUCCUCUUCAGCGGUUCUUUCGACCAGACCAUCAUAGUAUGGGACAUCGGAGGGCAGAAGGGCACUGCCUAUGAAUUACAGGGGCACAGCAACAAAGUAACGGGCCUCUGGUACGUCGGAAGCUGCACGCGCCUAGUCUCCGGCGGCGAGGACGGCGCCCUCGGCGUGUGGGAGAUGGGAGUGCGGCGCCGCGAGACCCCGGCGUGGCGGGAGGCGGACCUCUGCCAGCUGUGCCGGGCGCCUUUCAUAUGGAACGUGCGCGCCAUGAUGGAGAAGAAGCAGCUUGGGCUUCGCCAGCACCACUGCCGCUGGUGCGGCGCCGCAGUGUGCGCGACGUGCUCCCCGCACCGCCUGCCCCUGCCUGUCAUGGGCUUCGAGUUCCCGCAGCGCGUGUGCACCGCCUGCUACGAGACAUUACGACACGAACCCCGCGAGUCCCUCGCAUCGUUCCACGACAUGAAACACGCCGUGGCAUCGCUGUUCGUGGACGAGGCGACGGGGCGCAUGGUGACGGCGGGCAAGGACCGCGUCAUCAAGGUGUGGGACGUGUCCGCGCUGCUCGCGCCCGCGCCGCGCGCCGGCCCCAGCGACCAGUAGCCGUGAGUCGCCACUCUCAACUCUAACCGUAUACACCGAAAGUCGAAAUUCGUUUAUCUAUUCUUUAUGGAGAUGAACUUUCCACUUCGAUUUUCGCGGUAACGCUCUUAUUUGGCAACCGAUCCAUAUUUCUCUUUAUCAUAUACAGUUGUAAAUUUGGCUAAGGUUAGUACCAUCGCCCACACUGUUAACUGUCCAUCGGUGGACCUUGUUACAAAAGGCAUAAGGUCUACCGAUGGACAGUUGAGAUUGUUGCAGUUUGUAUGCAGUGAUUUUCCAGAUAUGAAAGAAGUGAUUGUAACGGGAAACUUAGUGUCCGAUUGAAACCAGAUUUUUUGUUGGAACCGAAUGUUCGGUUUUGCUCUAAUUUCAAAUAUGUUUUUUAUGCGAGCGGUUCGGCAGUUUUUUUAGCCGAAGCCAAACCUUCCGAACGUGAUUUUUAUGCCUAAUACCGGAACCGAAUCUUCGGUCGGACACUAAUGAAAACUUACCAAUAUGAGGAUCGCCAGAGUCAUACAUUAAGGGUUAAAUGUCACAUCGCUGGCGCAAUAUUACAGGGUUCUAUGUUAUAUUUUCAAGAUAGUUGAAAUUCGACUCAAUACUGUUCAAAUUUCAGUUCGAUAAAAGUGAAACAUAGAACUUUGUUAUAUUGGGCCAGCGACAUGGUACUAUGGCUUGUGUCUAUGGAUCGGUUGAAUAGUCGCAACAUGAAACGUCCUUCUCUAAUUAUUAAUAAUUAUCGAUUAAUUGUGACAUAAUCAAUGAAGGUUUUAUACAGCAUUACAUAGAUGGCGUCAUUAUCAAUUACUAAUCGCGAGUAAUUGCGAUACGGAUACGGACUGAGCGAUCAAACCAUUCGUAGUAAAUAAUGGGUCGUUAUAACUUGACAUUAAGCGACUGAUUCAUUAACAAACAAAUCCUGGUCCUGCAUUGUAAUCUGAACUUUAACACCUAGUUUUAAGAUCAUAAUUGCAUUGCACAUGACUAUGUAGUAGCUAGCGAAAUUAUGAACAGACCAUAUUUUUGUUCACCCACCUUAUUGUACAGUCGAGUUCAUAAAUAUGUAUAUAUUUCUUCACCUUAAUCCAUUGUAAUAAGGCGAAAAAAUUUACUCAUAUUUAUGAACUCGACAGUAAGUUUCAUAAAAAAUAUCAAACUCGCUAAACUGGAUAUUAAAAAUAUGUACAGUCGCCAUCACAUAUAUCGGAGCGGCCGAGGUGGUCACAAAUAUCUGAACACGCCUCUAUUGUCAAGGCGCUGGAGUGCCUGCUCAGAUGUUUUGGUGCACCUCGUUUCCGAUAUAUCUAUUGGCGGCUGUACUGAGAGUUGCUGAAACGUUGUUACACCUGUGUGAGCGAGAUAGUCUCUCAUUCGUCCCGCUCUUGCCGAGAGAAGCAAAAACAACAAGGCCCUAUUUUACUUUGCUGAAGGUUACCAUUUUGCAAGUCUUAAACUUAAACUUUGUAAGAUAGGGCCCUGUAUAUCGAGCAGCUAGUGAAAAUAGUGGUGGCGGUAUGGCUUAUUCUGACAAAAGCUUAAAUCUCUUAUGCAUCUGACAAUAGAUUCGUGGUUAGAUAUAUGUAUGAAUAUAUGUAAAUCUUUCAUACUUUCCACCACAUUUUCAUCCAGUGCUUAAGAUAAUUGGGGCCCGUUUCAUGAAAGCAUGUUACUUUUUAAGUAAGAACGCUAGGCGCGAAGAAAUGGUGGGUCAAUGUACGAAAUUCUUCUUGCAUAGCGUACUUACUUUAGCCAGAGCGAAUUUGAAAUAGAGGUAGAUUAUUUUGUAGCCACAGUAAAUUUACAGCCAUCUUUCGACACAUGAUUAAAACUUUUAGAACGCCAUUUGACUUUGAUCCUUAUUAUUUCACUGAUAUGUGUUAAUUUAGUUAAAAAUCAAAAAGUGGCGCCAUUAAAGGCCAAAAAUAUGGCGGCAUCGUGUCGAGCGAUGGCGUCACGACCUUUAGCCGAUGCCCGGUAAGAUAGCGCCACUUUUUGAUAUUUAACAAAUUUGACAUAUAUCAUUGAAAUAAUAAGGAUCAAAGUCAAAUGGCGUUCUAAAAGUUUUAAUCAUGUGUCGAAAGAUGGCAGCAAAUUUACUGUGGCUACAAAAUUUCCUUUGACAAUCCGCCUCUAUUUGAAAUUCUCUUUGCUUUAACACAUACUUUCAUGAAAUUAGUGUAAUUUAUAUCAAUGUAUAUUAAGUGUUCAUAGGCAGGUGGUUACUUCGAUUGUAAAAAUCGAUUAUAGCGUAGUUUAUGAAUAUAGAUAGAGCGUAUUUAUCGGGUUUGACUAGCGAAUCAACCCAAGGCUAGUUCAGUUUUUCGUUCUCUUUUCAACCAGUUAAGUGCGAAAGGGAUAGAACGAUAAACGCUAUACUAGCGCCGUUCGAAGGGAUAUUAAAUAUUUACCUUCUAGAAAUAAUGAAUUAAAUAUUUAUGGAAUUGUUUAUUGGAAUGAUUGUUUUAAAAUAUAUCUUAUUAAUGGUCCAACGAACGUUUCAAUGAGUUUUUGUCCAGCCUACUACUAAGACUGAUCCUUUCCCCUUCAGAGAUAAUUUGAUUACUAACUGCUUUUCUAAAGUUUUUUUUUUUAUCUAAAUUGUAACUUAAGUUUAUUUAUAUAAGGUUCACUUUCAAUUGAAGUAUGGAAAUCAGCUUCUUUGGAUACAUUCGUUUGUAAAAAUAUAAAACUGUUUAUUUUAAACUCCGUUAACUUCGGGAUGGCUAAGUACAUUUAAGGAAACUGAAUGGCAAUUAAUAUUGUUGAUGAAACACGGACAUUAUAUUUAAUUCCACCAAACAAUUGAAAACUAUUACAUAUCAAUGAAAUUUCGAAUA